UCCAACAACCCCUCCAUGAAUAAGCGCUGGCCUCCCCUCGCCGACAAGACCUCCCUCCCUUACAAGCUCACCACCCUCUCCCGUCAGAAGCUUGCCCGGGAGGCCACCGCGCCGGACCCGGAUAUCCGCCGCUGCCUGGGCCACUUCCGUCUACACUGCAAGUCGAUGGAGUGGGCACAGAAGGAGAUGACGACGCGUAUCAACUCGUUCGACCUGGAGGACGACUCCGAGGACGAGUCGGACCGCGAGGACGAGGACAAGAAGGACCCCGAUGACCACAAGGACGAGAGUCAGGAUGAAUCGGCCGAGAAGGCCUCCGAGAAGACCACCGUCCACAUCAGCUUCCACGUCUCUGCGCCUGCCGCAGCAGAGAAAGAGAAGGAAGAGAAGGAGAAGGAGAAGGAGAAGGAAGGGCUCCUCGAGAAGGGACGCAGUUGUCUCGAGAAGACCGCCCAGAGGAAACACUUCUGGCCGUCGCCUGGACAAUGUCUACCUGUUCGCAUUGCAGGGUAG